AUGGACAAGACCAACUGCACCAGUGUGUCCUAUUUCAUUCUCUUAGGAAUUUCUACGUACCGAGAAGAGCAGAUUCCACUCUUCCUCCUUUUUCUAUUCAUGUACAUGAUCAACAUGGCUGGCAACCUUGCCAUCGUCACACUGAUUGUCUCUAGUCCACGCCUCCACACCCCCAUGUACAUCUUCCUCAGUAACUUGGCCUUGGCAGACAUCUGCUUCACCUCCACCACCGUCCCCAAAAUGCUACAGAAUGUUUUCUCCUCUACCAAGGCCAUUUCUUACAUGGGCUGUUUAGCCCAGACUUACUUCUUUAUUUGCUUUGCAGCUAUGGAAAACUUCCUGUUGGCGGUGAUGGCCUAUGACAGGUACACUGCCAUCUGUCACCCUUUCCGCUACCAUCUGAUCCUGACCAGGAGGCUGUGUGUGCAGAUGGUGGCUGGGUGCCAUGUCCUCUCCCACCUUCAUGCUCUCUUGCACACCUUUCUCAUGGGCCAACUGAUCUUCUGCACAGAGAACAGGAUCCCUCACUUCUUCUGUGACCUUUACCCUCUGAUGCAGAUUUCUUGUAGCAGUGCCCACCUUAACACCCUGAUGGUCCACACAGAGGGUGUGGUUGUCAUCAGUGGAGCUCUAGCCUUCAUCAUUGCCUCCUAUGCCUGCAUCAUCUCAGCAGUCCUCUGGAUCCCCUCGGCCAAGGGCAAGUGGAAAGCCUUUUCUACCUGUGGCUCCCACCUGACUGUGGUGGCCAUCUUCUACGGCACUCUCACCUGGGUCUACUUCAGGCCCCUUUCCAGCUAUUCAGUGACUACGGGCCGCAUUGUGACAGUCAUGUACACAGUGGUCACGCCCAUGCUGAAUCCCUUUAUCUACAGCCUGAGGAAUGGAGAUGUCAAAGGGGCCUUCGGGAAAUGGAUGAGCAGACUACAGACUUUUCUCUUUUUAGAUAAAAUCCCAAAACAAUUCUGA